UGUGUCAUUAUUUAAAUAAAAUAUAAAAUGAGUGAAGAAUUAAAUAGCAACGUUAAAGAAAUGAGACAGUUGUAUUCUAUGUUCCACCAAGAAUAUACUAUAAUGGCAGAGUAUCGUAUGCUCCAAACUGAAAACUUGCAAGGUAUUUACGUUAUACCUUCAUAUGAAAACUCACUCAUAUGGUUCGGUGUAAUCUUUGUUAGAACUGGCCAUUAUGAAGGAGGUGUUUUUAGAUUUACAUUGGCUUUACCAGAUAAGUUUCCAGAUGAUGAUCUUCCUGUUGUAACAUUUGUAUCAAACCUGUAUCAUCCAGCUGUGGAGCCUAAUACUGGAAUUCUACAUUUAAAUGAAGUUUUUCCACAAUGGGACAGGAAGCGCAACCAUGUUUGGCAGCUUUUAAAAUACAUAUACUGGAUAUUUCAUAACUUGAAUAUUAAAGUGCCAGCAAAUGUAGAAGCUUCAGUUGUAUACAAAACUAACAGAAAAGCAUUUAUAGACAAAGUGAAAGAAUGUGUAGCAUCAAGUAUUGAUCACAUUUAUGAUGAUCCCCCUAUAGAUGACAAACAUUACAUAACUUUUAAACCAUAUGAUCCAGAGGUUCAUGACACUGCCAAAAAUGUAAUGCUCAGACCACCGAAACCAAAUGAAGGACUUUCACAAGGAAUAUCUUGGGUACAGCCAGGGUCAUACCAACCUUUUUCUAAAGAGGAAACAACAUGAGCAAGUAGUAUUAAUGGAUAUAAUAUUUAUUUAUUUUGCCAUAUAAGGUAUCUGUGAUAAUAAUAAUUCAAAAUAAUAUUUUUCAUG